AUGUCUUUCUUUGGAGCAACAAUGAACUGUGUUCCUUGGGUUUACGUUCCAGAAAUUUUACCGCUUCUAUUCAGAGUACAAGGAGCAUCGAUUGGAACCUCUUCCUCUUCUAAUUGGUUAUGGAAUUUUGUUAUCGUAAUGAUUACUCCAGUUAGCACUGCAAAUAUUGACUGGAGAACGUAUAUUUUACUUACAUGCACAAAUUUCACUGCUGCAAUUUUAAUUUACUUCUUUUAUCUAGAAACAGUAGGCAAAAGUUUAGAAGAAAUUGAUUCAAUGUUCCUUGGGAAGUAUAAUUGGAGAAAGGCUGGAGUAUGA